UACACGCCCGGCCUCUCACACCGCCGCCUCCCUUCUUCCCUUCCGGCCGCCGCCGCCGCCGCCGCAGCAGCAGCAAGCAGCCGGUCGACCGAAACCGAGCGCAGCCAUGGCAGACACGAAGGCCGCCGCGGCGGUGACCCUCCGAACGCGCAAGUUCAUGACCAACCGCCUCCUCUCCCGCCGCCAGUUCGUGCUCGAGGUGAUCCACCCCGGCCGCCCCAACGUCUCCAAGGCGGAGCUGAAGGAGAGGCUGGCGAAGCUGUACGAGGUGAAGGACACCAGCUGCAUCUUCGUCUUCAAGUUCCGCACCCACUUCGGAGGCGGCAAAUCCACAGGGUUUGGUCUCAUCUACGACAACCUCGAGGCCGCCAAGAAGUUCGAGCCCAAGUACCGCCUCAUCAGGAACGGUCUUGCUACCAAGGUAGAGAAGUCACGUAAGCAGAUGAAGGAACGGAAGAACAGGGCAAAAAAGAUCCGUGGUGUGAAGAAGACAAAGGCUGGAGAUGCUGGUAAGAAGAAGUGAGGGAAGAUACUCAGUCGUCAUCUUAUCUACCUUUGGUUUGUUUAGGACGGUCUCCUUGUGGCAAUGCUGAAUGUUUAAAUAGAACUAGAGAAGAUUUUGCCAGUUAUGUCAUCUGGAAUGUUGAGCAUACUCGUAGUACCUUGUGGUCAGUUUUGAGGAACAUUGUCAGAUGCUAUCAUACAUACUUGUCACGGCUCCAAA